UUUAACUCAAAGUUUUAAAUAAAGACAUAAUUGAAUAAUUAAUGUUAAUAUUAAUUAAUGGUUAAGUAAUGCUCAUUUGAUUCAGCAGGGAGUAAGAUUCUUACAGAGAAUUUUUUUUCAGAAUGAGAGAGAGAGAGACAGAGAGAGAGAGAGAGAAAGAGAGAGAGAGAGAGAGCUUCUUGUCGAUUGGUCUCUGGUCUCUGCCCUGCCUAGUCCUUAGAGAGAUCAGCUGAAGUAGCAAGAGAAACUGAGCAUAUAACGGUAUGAGGACAUAAGGGCAACAUUAACCUUAGAAUAAAGGCAGAUCCUUUUAUUUGUCUGCAGCUGUUUGUUUUUUUAUUCCAGCGAUACAAAUGACUCUCUCAGGAUAUCUUUGGUUAGUUCAGCUGACCUGCACUGUGUUUGUGUUUAUCUCUCCGGUUCAUUUGGCUCCGAUGCCGGACCAAUACUCUCGGGGUGUGGAUUGGUUAAGCAGGUAUGGAUACCUGCCCCCUCCUGACCCCCGCACGGGGCAGCUGCAAUCUAAAGAGGGCAUUGAGACUGCCAUCAAAGAAAUGCAGCGAUUCGCAGGCCUCAAAGACACAGGAAAACUCGACAGUGACACCCUGAAACUGAUGAGCACUCCACGAUGUUCACUGCCAGACAUUAUAGGGUCCAAGGACUUGCUGAAAAAGCGAAGGAGGAAAAGAAGAUAUGCCACUGUUGGACUCCGCUGGAAAAAGUCUGACCUCACAUGGAGCAUCCAGAAUUACCCAUCUCUCUAUCCAUUCCUAAAACCUGAUGAUGUAAAAUCUAUAAUGAUCUAUGCCUUUAAAGCCUGGAGUGAUGUCACUAACCUCAACUUUCAAGCUGCUCCCCCCACAAGCGAGCAGGACAGAGCCGAUAUUAAGAUCUCUUUCGCUCGCUCACUCCACGAUGACGGGUAUCCAUUUGAUGGGAAGGGAGGGACACUUGCUCAUGCCUUCUUCCCAGGGGAGUAUGAAGUUGCUGGAGAUACGCAUUUUGAUGAUGAGGAGAGCUGGACCUAUGGAGACGACAGCGGCACUGAUUUGUUCGCGGUGGCUGUGCAUGAAUUCGGUCAUGCCUUGGGUCUCUCUCAUUCCUCUACUUCUCCUUCCAUCAUGCGGCCGUACUACCAGGGUGCUGUUGCAGUUGAUAUCAGAUCUUAUAUUCUCCCAGAUGACGAUCGCUAUGCCAUUCAAUCACUCUACGGAAAGAAGAUAAGCCCAUCAGCACCAUCCCCAAAAAACCCUACAUCACAACUACCCAAACCACCAAAUACACCUCAUCCCAAAGUACCUUUAAAACCUGAUCCGUCAAUCCAGAAUCGUUGUGAGGGUGGCUUUGAUGCGGUGGCAAACAUCAGAGGAGAGGUUUUCUUUUUUAAAGGUCCAUAUUUCUGGCGAAUCCAGCGGUCUAGAUCUCUUGUGUCCCUUCAGCCUGCUCUCAUAAAAAACUUCUGGAUUGGUCUUCCUCCUGGCACCAACAAGAUAGAUGCAGUUUAUGAAAGAAAGUCGGAUAGCAGGAUCAUCUUCUUCAUAGGCUCACAGUACUGGGUAUUUAAAGACACUGUGGCGAUGUCUGGUUAUCCACGUCCGUUGUCCGACUGGGGUAUGAUCUCUCAUGAUGGAAAGGAGGUGAAGAGUGUGGAGGCGGCCUUCAUUUGGGCUCAUAAUGGAAAAACCUACAUCUUCAGCGGUGGAGAGUUCUGGAGGUUCUCAGAGGCUGAGCAGCGUCAUCAAGACGCCGGUUAUCCCAGAUUCUCUUCCCUCUGGAAGGGCGUGCCCAGUAACCCUGAUGACAUCAUCACCGAGGAAGAGGGAGAUGCCUAUUUCUUUAAGAACAACUCAUAUUGGGUGGUGAAGAGCGGAGAAAUGGAUCAAGACAGUGUCACUCGCAGAUCGACCGCAGUUGAUUGGAUGAGAUGUCCAGAACCAACACCAACCACACUUCCAGGCAAUCCACGUGGAAGAGAAGGAGAAUGUAACUGUGGCAUCAGCGGAGCCUUAAAGAUGAGUGCUUCAUCGUGGUUACUGUUAAUCACAGUACUGCUUUAUCCAGCUGCCUUCAUAUAGGGCUCAACUUGCAAUAACUGUUGUGUCAUCGGCCUUAUGUUACAAAGCACUUAAAGUGAUAUCCAAUAUCCAAAUAUUACUUUAGAGCAGCUUCACAUGGUAAAAGACAUGGUUUGAUCUAUGCAGGUUUAACUUACAAAUAUAGUCAAAUCAAUUAUUUUUAAGUCUUUUUUUAAGAAUAAAGUUCAAGGUUGAAAUGGAAUUAACUAUAUGAAUUCAUUAUUUAUAGCUUUUGCUGUCACCCUGUUGCAUUGUUCAAAAUAUUGAAUUGUAAUCCACUUGACUUUGUGUCUAUAUUUCAUCUGUGACUACAGGGUAAAAAUAUACAGUGUGAAGAUUUA